AUGCUCCCCAUGCCCGGCACCCCAGCUGCAUCAUGGGCCGUGUACAGGGCGAAGCUCGGCACUGUCUUUGAAGGCGCCGACCCACGCGUCUGCGCCGCGUUCUGGCUCUUCGGCCUUAUCAACAAUGUCCUUUACGUGAUCAUCCUCUCGGCCGCUGUCGAUCUGGUCGGCCCCGCCGUCCCCAAGGGCGCUGUCCUGCUCGCCGACGUCAUCCCGUCUUUCAUCACCAAGCUGAUCGCCCCGUACUUUAUCCACCAAGUCCCAUACUCGGUCCGCAUCUUCGUCUUUGUAGGCCUCUCCACGGCCGGCAUGCUGUUGAUCGCUCUCACGCCCGCGAGCCGUGAUGGCGGCGCUAUUGGCAUACGGAUGUUGGGCAUCAUCUUUGCGAGUCUAAGCUCUGGCGGCGGCGAGUUGAGUUUCCUGGGCCUGACACACUACUACGGUCAUUUCAGCCUUGCUGCCUGGGGCAGCGGAACUGGAGGUGCCGGUCUUGUGGGAGCUGGGGCGUACGUGCUUGCCACCACCACCAUUGGCUUGCCCGUGCGCACCAGCCUGCUUGCCUUUUCGUUCUUGCCCGUGAUCAUGCUUGUUAGUUUCUUCUUGAUUCUGCCAAGAGGCCCCUUGCAGUCGUCCGCCCGACAGGCUGAAUAUGAGCGACUGGGAGGUGACGAGGACGCGGAAGAUGAUCUUCGUGAUCCGCUCGAAGACAACGAUGGCCUUCUGAGCGCCUCCAUGAUGUCUGUUUCCGGACGGAGCUUUACCUCUCUCCAGUCAAGGCGAAGCCAGAUCUGGAGGAGUCUGCAGGCUAAUCUGAACCGCUCUAGGCACCUGGUCAUUCCCUACCCUACGCAACAUAGCAUGCUCCCACUCCUCCUUGUCUACAUCGCCGAAUACACAAUCAACCAAGGCGUUGCGCCGACUCUCCUGUUCCCGCUUCCAUCGAGCCCCUUCUCCGAGUACCGCGCCUUCUAUCCGACGUACAACGCAAUUUACCAAGUGGGUGUCUUCCUCUCCCGAAGCUCGACACCCUUUGUCCGCAUCCACCACCUCUACGUCCCUUCUUUCCUACAGAUUGUCAACCUGGCACUCCUGACCGCGCAUGCUGUCUGGAAUUUUAUCCCUUCGGUCUGGAUCAUUUUCGUAAUAGUCUUCUGGGAAGGAUUGCUGGGAGGACUGGUGUAUGUGAGCACGUUCGCCGAGAUCACAGACAACGUCCCCAAAGCCGAGCGCGAGUUCAGCCUCAGCGCGACGAGCGUCAGUGACUCGGCCGGUAUCUGUGCAGCAGGGUUUCUGGGCAUGGCCUUUGAAGUAUGGCUGUGUGACUGGCAAGUUUCACAUGGAAGGGACUACUGCCGAAGGUCUUGA